AUCAAUCAAUACCAUGUUGUGUAACAGGCUACUUGGAAAUAUUUUCAACUUUCACUUUCAUUUCACAGAAAAAAAGGAAAUUCUGUGCCUAUUUUAAGCAGAAAAUCAGAUUUCUAUGUAAUCUAGUCAUUUGAUUAAUAUCUUGGAAAUGUAGCCUACACGUGAUUCUGCAUAAAACCAACAAGGAGUGAAGUUAACCUAUUCAUAUUUCAAGUGGAACAAAGCCUAUAGACCAGAUAUUGAUUUCAAUCACAAGAUACAAUAAGAUGAAUAAUCAAAUUAUCAAAAAUAUUCAUGUAUUAGACAUAAAGCAGACGCACCGGGUCAAUGUACAGUGGAGCAAGUCACAUCAAGUUCACCAUAUAUGGUUUAUAGUUUACAACGUGCAGACGGCACAGAAAGCAUUCCACCUGUUUAACCUGAUGGAACGAUGGUCAUUGGCUGCAGAUUACGAUACAAACGCUACCGUCAUGGUAACAGUCUACGGCCUUGAUGAUAGUUCAAAGGUUGUCAUCAGCAACAGUAUAGCCAUUUUUCCAAAUUCUAAACAGAUUCAAGAUCUGACACUUCACACUCAUGUUGAAAGAAAAAGUGUUUUAAAUCCAGAAACAGCUCUGCAGGAGAUCCCGCCAGAGAAUCUGCCUGUAGAUGUAAACCAAGAAAUUCAUCAAGACACACAGCAGCCUUACACUGUUUUUAAAAUUACACAAAAGUCACUAUCAUCCAAACAUCCUGAAUCUUAUAUACAAAUAAUAAAAUCCAAUACUACUGGUAAGACAGGUACUACAUUUACCGAGCAUGUAUUUGUUUCCUCCACCAAUAACAAUGAAAUACUGUGUCCACUCAACUUGCCGUCAAGACAAGAAUGCACAUUUAAAAUUUUCAAAGUUUUAAAAACUGGUGGCAAAUAUUCUGUUCUAGGUGCUACUGAUAAAACAACGUUUAUUAUUCAUUACCAACAAAGGGAUGUUCAACUUUUAUUAGACCUGGCAGAAAAAUACCGGCUGAGACGAACAAAAAACAGACAUCAUUCUAAAUCACUACCAAUUCCCUGUCUAUAUCGAGAUAAACCUAGCAACCAUGAGAAAAUCAUCGAAGCCAAGGCAACUGGAGUAAUGUCCAAAUAUAUAAAAGAUAAAAAUGGCGACCAGGCAUCUAGCAUAAACAAGAAAAUAAACGGACUUCACUUCAGUGCGUCUGCCAGCAAGGUAACGAAACAACCACUUGAGAUUUCAUUUUUUGGCGAUUACAGAAUAACUAUUCCACCCCAGAGUAUUCUUCCGGGGCAUAAUCUGUAUUUCGCUGAUUUUUAUUGUAAAAAAAUCCGAAGUCCACACUACGUAACCCUUGUGCUAACUGUUCCUGGCAGUGUGGAAGAUGUCUACUGUUGUAAUCGUCUGGUUAAGCUGGACUUAAAAAAUAACAAAUUCAUGUAUUAUGACAGACGCCAUGGUUACCGUACGACAAAGGCUAUGCACAUAGAGGUCUUGUACACGGAGGAUAUCGAUCUAAGCAUCUGGCGCCAAAUACCCAAUUUCCAAGAGUUUGUACUGCCUAAAGAAAAUGUACGCGGUAGAGGGCGCAGCAGAAUUGAAGGCCUUCCAAAAUAUACGGCAUGUGAAACAUGUAACCUACCAUUACCCUGAUUGGCUAAUUCAUUCCUACCAUUGUCCUGAUUGGCUAAUUUAUCAUAGAUCGUAAUAACUAGGCCUCCCUACUUGAAUAAUUAAACAUCUGUCUGUUGUAUAUCAUCAUUAAUCAAUUAUAAUAGGGUUACUUCAUUGAACAUUCCGGAACUUAAUUCUCUCAAUACCAUAAAUAGUGACAAUUGAGUGAAAAGGAGGAUUUCCGGCUACAACGCAUGCGUCAACUGCAUAAGAAAGUAUGACGAAAUAUAUUCGUUGUGUUUAAUUCUACUCACACCACCUCUGUAGUCACGACUGAAAGAACUGUCACAGGACUGAACUCUGCGUCAUUCCAUUGCAAUUCUGUCAAUUCAGGGCGUUCCGGACUGACAAUUGAGGAUCCCCAAUAUAAUUCAAUUACAAUUCUGCGUCAUUCCAUUGCUAUUCUGUCAAUUCAGGGCGUUCCGGACUGACAAUCAAGGAUCCCCGUUAUUAAAUAUAAUAUCAGUAUAGUUUAUAGAUAAUCACAUUUUAAUACCAGGGGGUGGGUUAUAAUAUUGAAUAAUCAGUAUAAUUUAUAGAUAAUCACAUUUUAAUGCCAGGGGGUGGGUUAUAAUAUUGAAUAAUCAGUAUAAUUUAUAGAUAAUCACAUUUUAAUGCCAGGGAGUGGGUUUUAAUAUUGAAUAAUCAGUAUAAUUUAUAGAUAAUCACAUUUUAAUGCCAGGGAGUGGGUUUUAAUAUUGAAUAAUCAGUAUAAUUUAUAGAUAAUCACAUUUUAAUGCCAGGUGGUGGGUUUUAAUAUUGAAUAAUCAGUAUAAUUUUCUUUUCGGUUGUAUUAAUGAUUAAAUUUUUACGCUUUUUUGCAAAAAAAAAUUGUAAUUGAUUUGUCCUUGUGCUUAGUGUGUACGCUUAGAAGCAUGCUUUAUUAUUAUUAAAUUGCACACAAACUUUCAGUCAAACUUUUAGUCUAGUGUAGUUUUUUUUUUUAAUCGUCACGAUCACUAUAUAAAUCAAAUUUAAUCCUCUUUUUGUGUUAAAUGUGAAUAAGGAAAAUGCUAGCCUUUUGGUGCAUUUUGUCUUAUAUAACACAAAUUACAAAAUUGCAAAAGACACCAUUUUAAUCGCUGUAACUCUUAAUGUUCUUUGAUAGUGCGUAGGGAAUUGAUUGAUUUGUAAGCAAUGACCGUCGUCCAUGAGUGAUUUGAGUCUGGAAAUAAGGCGGCGUACCUGUCACAAACAUUGCCUGGCACAAAUUCAAACUUUCUCCGCCACAAUGUCUCUGGUGACGGUUAUUUGGCCUGGUGCUGAUUUGUCUGUUCUCAGCAUUUUUAUUUAAUAUUUUUAACACUUGUCUAGCACAAGGUACUAGUUCAGUAGUGCAUGACAUUUUGUCAGGUGUAAAUAAAAUUGUUAUUUCCCGACCUGGAUGCAACAGAUUAUAUUCAUACAGGAUCACAUUCCCUUUUUGGUCAUUUCCAGACCUGACGUAAUACAUUCUGAUUUACAUGCAUUCCUUAUAGUUUGAUAAUGCUCUAAGAACAGUUAUAAUUGAUCAUCAAACAUACUUGACAAUUUAUUGUAUUUUAACAAUGGCAU